AACAGUAAAAUGUAAAUAGUUGAAUUAACUACACCUAAUUUAUUGUUUGUUUUAUUAACAUUAUUAUUUAUUUAAUAUUUAAGCAUCUCAUAUCUUCAUUCCGUUUUUUAAUUUAGUUAUAAUUGCAUUUCAAAUUGUUCCAUAUUCAACGAUUUAAUCUUUGUUCGGUAAUAGCUAUGAUGAGUUUUGUUUAAUUGACGUUUUUAAACUAUGAAUAAGUACAGUUUCCAGAGACCUGAGAUGGAGAUGCCUUUGCAAAGUUCACAUUAUAACCCCUCUAGGGAAACUCUUGGACGCUAUUCUGAAUAUUCAUUACAUUCUAGUUACAAGAUACGAGCUGGUGAUGCAGCAUCUACCAACUCAGUGGCAUGUACAACACGAAUACCAUAUGCUACUUUAAUAGCGGCUCUUUUAUGUUGUACUGGUAUUGGAAUAUUUUGUUGUACAAUGUAUCGUGGUGUAACACUGAGUGCAUUGGUGUUGGAUCAAGUGUUUCAUCUUUAUAUUGGCUGGCUUGAAACUGUGAAAACUGUUUUGGUUUUAAUAGCUGCAGGAAUGGGAGCUAUAACAUUAAUGAUUAUAUUUGUUGGAUUUCUGGCUACAGGGGCAACACGUCGUCGUGUAUAUAAGGCAUGGAGAAAUAGAGUUGGCGGUCGUAUAUCUUGUGCUGUUUUUAUGGGUAUUAUUUACGUACUUCAAUUUUUUUGGAUUUUUGUAUUUGGCCUACUGAUAGUUUCAACAUUUAUAUUAACUAUAUUUUGGAAAAUGUGUGUUAGCACUCAAGUUCAAGAUAAUCAUCAAUGUAUUGACUUAACACAAUUUAUUUUCCUAUUUCCACAAUCGACUCGUGUUGAAUAUUUAAAGAUAUGUGAAGUGCGAGAAAUAAAGUUUUUCUGCAGAGAUUUUGUUGAAAAAUCUGAAUUUAUGUUUAUGAUGGCUACUUUUGGUGUUAUUUUGAUACUUAUAAGUCUGGUCCAUUAUUUGAUGUGUUUAUCUGCUAACUAUGCUCAUAUCAGAGAUCAUGAAAAGUUUGAAGAACUUCAAGAAUUGCAACUUUUGCAAGACACUGAUUUUGCCACUUCAAAAGAAAGAUUUUAGACAUUAAUUGACAAAUUACAAUUUUUAAAUGCAUACAUAAUUCCACAAUUGUUUAAUGUGCUACACUACAGGGUUUCUAAAUGUUAACCUAUUAUCUAAUUAAUCACUGAUAAUUAAACACUUUAUUAUUUAAGCUUAAGUUAUGUCUCAGAAAAAGACAAAUAAAUAAUUUAAUUUAUGUUUAUUAUAAAGGAUUUUUAUUUUUAUUAUUUAAAUAAAAAAUCUAUAAUUUUAGAAGUAUAUAUUUUUAAUUAUAUUUUUUUAUAAUUUGAAUCUUACUAUAUCAUUGGAACUAUUUUAUAAGUAUUAUUUUUAAAUAAUAAUUAAUUUUGUAAUAAUAAUCAUCCUCUAAAAUUGAAUUCUUUAAAUUGAUUUAAAAUUCAUCAACCAAACACAAUUUAUAUUCCUGAUUUUGUUUCCUAUUUUAUUUUUAAUUGACUAAAUUAAGUCUUGUUACUUUUCUAUUUUCUGUUAGAUUAUUAUAUUAUUUUAAUUUUCCAGUAUAUAUAAUUUUUUGUUCACUAUAAUUAUGUAAUGUUAAUAUAAGUAUAAAAAACCUAAAAAAAAAAAGAAAUCUUUUCCAAUUUUAAGAAUUAGUAUAUUACAAUGAUUUUAAUUAUGUAAAUGGUUGUGUGAUUCUAAAAUUUAUGAAAUUUUUAAAAUAUGUAUCCAAUGAGUGAUGACUAUUGACUAAUGUCAUAUUAUGUUUUAAAACACAUUAUUUUAUAAUAUAUUUUAUUUAAAAUAUCAUAUACCUAUGCAUUUUUAUUUUUAAUAUAUUUUUGUGUAUCAUAUGAAAACAUUUGUGUUCUAAAAAAAUCUAGUAGAAAAUAUUUGUAAAUUAAUUGAUUCAAUUUUACAUUCUUUAUUUAUUGAAUAUUAAAUUUAAUGUUUAGGGUUA